CAUCCAGACUCUAAUCCGCCACCACAGAAGCCAAGAAUGUCAAGCCACAAACACGGUCGAUCACAGAGGUUGCCCAGUCAUAGGGUGGAGUGUUUUGGAGAUUGACACAUUCCAAUUUCCAUCAAAGCGUCAUCAAAAAGUUGAACGUAGAGUGUUGAAUGGUGCAGUUCAACUACAGCCAUCUUCCACUGCCUCUACCUUAUACUUGCUGUCUUUGAGGCAUUUGACCUGCAACAUGGCAGCUAAUCAAUCGACCCUCCUUAAACAAUGGUCUCGCAUCAUCCAAGCGUGGCCCAAAGACAAACUCCGCCCUGACAGUGUGUCGUUUCAAACUGUUAUGCAAGCUCGAAUCAACAAGCUAGGAGCACCCGCUGUCGCUGCAACUAACGCCAAAGCCAACGAUACUCCCACUGCGCAAGCCAGUCCUUCUGCACCUGUCAAUGAGCAAAAAGAAAUGCGACAGAUUAAAGCCCUCGACGCCCUCCUCCAAAACCGCUUUGCAACCAUGUACCCUUUUCCAAAUGCCGUUCGCUACCCUCAGAGUAUGCCAACGCAUUACGAUGAUGUUAUUAAGGAGAUGGAUGAAGCUCCCACCAGGUCACGUUUCACUGCUUUCAUGAAUAGAAUCAAAGGCUCUUUGCGGCUUUCAUGAACGAUCAUUGAUGGAUGUUUUACCGACGAUAUAAAAGGAGGUCGCCAUUCACAUCUUCAGCAAUGCGCCAGAGCGAACAACGCCGUGCUCUGCUCACCGUGUCCUCGGAGCAAAGGCGACCAAGCUACACGCCGUAGCAGUGCGUUCUUGCAUCUGUGGACCCGAAGAGCUUACCAGCAAAUCAUCUCGAAGCAAGGGAAACCUAUAUGUGACGCCGAGUCCGACGUUGAGGGCGACAAGAGGACUACCCAUACCUCGACUCGCAGUCAUGAACCUCUCUUGGUCACAUACACGGAGCCACAUAUGAAGGAUGUGCUGGCUACAGACUACAGAGCACCACACAGGGCAGUUUGACUUCAACUCAAGCUGCCACACAUGUCCAGGCAUCCAAUAAAUCCCUGGCUCUGACCAUAUUUCGCCACCAAUGGCGGCGGGCGAGGUUCCAAGUGUACAACAAUUGUCAUUCUAGCCUUUCAUAUUAUAUAUAUGAAAACGAGUGUAUGAACAGUCAAGACCAAGGCAGUUACAGCCUUGUAUGUAUAUUCUACUCUGUGAUAUAAUUUUGACGGCCAAACCUUCAGGCUUCGGUCAAAAAACCCACAGCCUAACC